CGGACUCCUACGCACCCCUCACGGCGAGCCCCAGCGAUAGGUAAAGAGGAGCCAGAAGGCGGGAUCUAGAGACCCCGCCCUUUAGCCCAGAGGUUCGCGGACAGUAGAGCCCAGUCUGUUUCUCGCUCACCGAAGGGACAGAAGCUACAAAGGCUCCUAGAGCCUUUGUGACCCUAGGAAAGGUUUGAUUUUCCUUCAUCCUGGAACUCCCAUCCCUGUCAAGGCGUCUGUGCCUCUCUGCCGUUCCCCCAACACUGCCCAGCUCGUUCUGGUUAAGACUCGAGAAAACUACAACUGCCAGAGUACCUCGCGCAGAGAUCGGGCCUCUGCGAGUCAGGUGACUCGAGUCAGGUGACAGCUGGCCCGCCCUCACACAAAGUCAACCCAGCCCGGGGAAACCAGGUACACUCCGAAUCGGUAUCUGGCGCGAGAUUGCUGCGUCUCGUGUGGUCGGUCCCCGGAUCCUGGGAAGAUCUCAGUUCUGAGAAAUCAGGGAACAUGAUAAGAAAUUGGCUGCUUAUGUUUAUCCUUUUUCCUCUGAAGCUCAUAGAGAGAUGUGAGUCGACUGUCAGCCUCACUGUUCUUCCUGUUGUAAAGCUGGAAAAUGGCAGCUCAGCCAACGUCAGCAUCACCCUUGGGAAGCCAUUAAAUGCAACCUUGGUGAUCACUUUUGAAAUCACAUUUCAGUCAAAAAAUAGUACUAUCCUUGAGCUCCCUGAUGAAGUUGUAGUGCCUCCUGGAGUGACAGAGUCCUCUUUUCAAGUAACAUCUCAAAAUGUUGGACAAGUGACUGCUUAUCUGCAUAGAAAUCAUUCCAACCAGACCAGCUCAAGGAUACUCUUCUUUGUGAUCCGAAGCAACAUCAUUAGUAUCAUAAACCAAGUGAUUGGCUGGAUCUAUUUUAUGGCCUGGUCCAUCUCCUUCUAUCCUCAGGUGAUCAAGAACUGGAGACGGAAAAGUGUUGUUGGUCUGAGCUUCGAUUUCUUGGCCCUGAACCUGAUGGGCUUCGUGGCCUACAGUGUGUUCAACAUCGGCCUUCUCUGGGUGCCCUACAUCCAGGAGCAGUUUCUCCUCAGAUAUCCCAACGGUGUGAACCCGGUGGAGUAUAAUGACGUCUUCUUCAGCCUGCAUGCAGUCGCCCUCACCGUGAUUGUCAUCAUACAGUGCUGCCUAUAUGAGCGAGGCAGCCAGCGUGUGUCAUGGCCCGCUGUCAGCUUCCUGGUGCUCGCAUGGCUCUUCGCAAUCAUCACCAUGAUCGUAGCUGCUGUCGGGGCAACCACAUGGCUGCAGUUUCUCUUCUGCUUCUCCUACAUCAAGCUCGCUGUCACGCUGAUCAAGUACUUCCCACAGGUCUACAUGAACUUUUACUACAAAAGCACUGAGGGCUGGAGUAUUGGCGGUGUGUUCCUGGACUUCACAGGGGGUACCUUCAGCCUCCUUCAGAUGUUCCUCCAGUCCUACAAUAAUGACCAGUGGACAUUGAUCUUCGGAGACCCAACCAAGUUUGGCCUUGGCAUCUUCAGCAUCUUCUUCGAUGUUGUCUUCUUCAUCCAGCACUUCUGUAUAUACAGAAAGAAACUAGGCCUUCAGGUAGCACACACAGGUCCUGACAGCCAUCCCAGGCAGAAUCUGACGCUGAACCUGCAACCGAAGGCCUUGCCUCAAACAACCAGUGUUUCUGGGAGCAGUUUGAAAGGCUGACCUUGCAGCUGAGACAACAAGGGUGCCUUGCUGCCACCACUGUGUUCCCAGAGAACAAGCAGCCAGGUGCUGUGCCAAUGGACUCAAAGGUGCCAGUGGUGGAGAGUUGAGGACUUCGAGGUUAGGCCUUGCAGUCCCUCUUCUGAAAACCGCAUUCCAGGCACCCACCCAUUCUACAUAACUCCUCUUCGAUGACUGCGGUAACAGGUGGCCCAGAGGGCCUGGUAAAGACUAUUCCUUAGCCCCUGUCAGAUGGUUCUGACCAGUCUCAUGCGCAGUUCCUUCUGGAUCUUUACCACAGUCACAUACCAUACUACUUUCAGAAUUUUGGGAGGGAUGUUUUGGAAAUGGUUUACUCUCACUCUUGCCUUCUAUCCUACCUCCACGUUUUGAGAGCCAGAUAGGGCCCAUCUGCUAUCUACCCUGCUGCUCCUAAGCCAGCACCUGUAGAGCAGGACACACUCUACCAGUCUGUGCCUUAGAGCCCUGUUAGUCCUGCCAAAUGGUGAGACUAGUUCCCCUGGGAGGGAGGGCAGGCCCCUUUCCCUUUCUUUUCCCAGACCCCUACAUGAGACACCAAUAUUUUGGUUAUAGAGGAGCCCCAGAAAACUUGAGACCUCCUCAACGCAAUGCUUAUGAACCCGAUCCUAAUCUCAAAGCUCCUUCCCCAAGUUGUCGACCUACAGCAGGAGGAAAUGGACCCAGGACAUGCCUUGAGCUUAUCCAUUCUUUUUAACUCAAGACCAAUGUGAGGGGCCUGUAUCCUUUUGUAAAACUUGGCUUUUCUGCAUACUCUGAGCAUUUGCUGGAUGCAGAAAGUAGGUAUGCUGGCCUUCAGAACCAAAUCCUUGGGGUCUAGGAGCCAGCUUUACUAACCUGUAAAGGCAAGCAUGGGGCUAUGGCGUUCACUGACCCCAGGUGGCUGUAUGCUGAGCCUGGGCUUCAUCGGGGAAAGCCCUGCUGGUUAAGACACCUGCCCGCUCAGGGCCAGGUAGGUCUGUCUGAAAGGUACAUCUGCCAGUGCCAAAGUACAGCAGCUGCUCAAACUGUAGAUGUGAACAGGUUGGAGUGUUUAAGGGCACUGGAAGGAGGAACAGUAAAGGCCCUGCUGUAACAAGUACCAAGGAUUUAAUUGGCUUUCUGUAGAGCAGAGAUUACAGCUGUAAUAAACCCAUAAACCCAUUUGAUUUCAGCCACUGAGUUAUUGUUACAGUGUGUUAUUGGGCACUAGACCUUAAAAAUGAAAGAUUUCAAAUCCUGGACUUUUCUUUAUAAAUUUGAUUUGGCAGUGCUAGGACUGGUAGGCAUAGGCAGAAGGCCAGGUGCUUUCUGCCUCACCAUCUGGCUAGCUUUGGGCCGUGAAAACACCUGCAGCAGUGUCCCUGACUGGCUCAGGGCAUCCUUAAAACUGUUAAGGUGCUCUUCCCAUAGACCUAUGUAUGCCCCUCUCAGUAGCAGCUGAAGCUGAGUUACACAAGGGAAGUUAAGAACACUUAGGUUCUUCACAGCACCACUCAAAAGACAAUGCACUCCAGACACUCUUCGCCCCAAUUGUAGUGAAGGUGCUCCCAGAUGUAUAAUAGACAAGACCUUGCUGAGGAGAGUUUCCACUGAGGCUUCUUUGUGCAGUGGUAAGGUGGAACCCAGGACCUCACAUGCACUAGGCAAGCAACACUCCAGCCCCUACAGCCACCUGCUUUGAGUUGGGCUUUGUCCCACAGCAGCAGCAGACAGGCCAACCAUCCUUAA